UGAUCAAUAUCAUGAUCUAGAUAUAAUGGGAGAAGAAGGAUGGAUCGGAGGUUUGGGCUGGUUUGACCUAGGAGGAAUGGAUCUCCAGGAGAAAAUUGAUACCAAGGAACAUCCUCUAUCACACUGGGAGAAAGAGACUCAUGCGCUGCUUGUUUUGCUGGCGCAGAAAGGUUUGACCAGCACAGAUGAGCACAGGCGAGCCAUGGAGAGUUUACCUGCAUAUACUCAUAUGUCUUAUUAUCAUAGAUGGGCCGCUUGUAUUGCAGCUGUAUGUAUUGAACGAAAUACAUUUACUAAGAAUGAGUUAGAUGAAUACCUAGGUUUAAAACUUGAGACUAAGCUCGAACCUUCCUUUUCUCCAGGGAGUUUGGUUCGAAUAAAGAUGGAGGAUUCAAGGAUUCGUUGGAGGAAACCUCAUCUCAGGGUUCCAGGAUACAUAUUUGGAUCGUCUGGUGAGAUAAUCAAGCAUUUGGGAAACUUUCCGAACCCUGAGCAGGCAGCGUUCUACACUGAUACAACCACUAUCCAACCUCUCUAUCUAGUUCAGUUGAGAAUGAACGAGGUUUGGAAGAAUUAUCCAGUAUACGGAGACAGCACAGAUCUCCUAACUGUAGAGGUUUAUGAACCCUGGUUAGAACUGCAGAAUGAGAACUCAGGUUCAGAUUUACAGGAUGAGAAGGUGAGCAGAGAUUUCCCGGAGCAUCACGUCCUGGAUCAUGGAGAUCAUGUUCAUGAUGACAGGAAAGAUACAGAGGUAGAAUCUGUACGAAGAGAAGAAUGUGAGGAGAGAAAAGAUGAAUAUGGAGUAGUACUCAGCAGAGCAGUUCUGAACCUUCUAGUAUCUAAGGGUCUGGUGAACAGAGCUGAGGUUCAGGCGAGCAUUGAGAAACGGGACAAAAUAUCCGGUCUUAACCUUGGUCAAAGGAUUGUCGUGAAAGCUUGGAUGGAUCCUGAGUUUAAGGUUAGACUACUGGAGGAUGGUAACAAAGGAGUUGCUGAGUUAGGAUUAGAAGGUUCUAAUCCUAACGCAGAAACGAAGCUUGUAGUUGUGGAGAACACGGACCAGGAACACCAUGUAGUUGUGUGUACUCUAUGUUCCUGCUACCCAUCGGCAAUCUUAGGUUUACCUCCAGCUUGGUAUAAGUCCAGAUCUUAUAGAGCUAGAACUGUCAGAGAACCUCGGAAAGUGUUGUUUGAGUUUGGUUUGGAAAUAUCUCCAAGUGUAAGAAUAGUGGUUCACGACUCUACAGCAGAUUGCAGGUAUCUCGUACUCCCAGUGAGACCGGAAGGAACUGAAGGAUUGACUCAAGAUGAGCUUGAAGCAGUAAUAACAAUGUUAAAGGGACUAUCAACGUAAUUUCAAGUUUCAUUUCAUUUUACAAAAAGGGUACGUCCGAUUCACAUCCGUACCUUUAAACCUGUGUCUAAGCAAACAUGAAAAAGAUAGUUUUUAGUUUUUAUGCAGUUUUUAUAUCAAUUCAAUGAAGACGACUUUUUGAUAAGCUGUUUUCGAAUCAAAAGUCUACAAGUAAUCAAAGUGAAGCUUUUUUAAUUGACAGCUUCUUUUGACUUCUGCGUCUAAGUGUAUUCAUUCUGUUUUACAGCUUGACAUAAAUCAAAAUUAAAACUGAAAGUCGUCUUUGUUGUAUUGAUAAAAUCGCCUACCACUGUAUUAAAUAUCAAACAUUCAUUGUGGAUUUUCUAGAAUGGUUUGCGGAUUUUAUGCAGGAGUAACUCUGUUUAAAGGGACUGUAAAGGAAAAAUUAACGAUACCUAUAAGACAUC